AGGUGAACCAGACUAUCUUUUCUGUGUGUGUGUGACUGUGUGUAGCUGUCUACUCCCUCUCUUUGUCCCUCCUCCAAAGCAAGACUCGCUCCUAAGCGCUUGCUAUCUGCAUACAGCCCGCCGCAGCCGGGAUGAAGCAUAUCAACCUUCACUUCACUUUCACAUCCAUUUAACCCCCAAUCUCUGCUCUGAUCGGCCGAGUCCUCAUGCUACCCCGACCCCAAGAUACAGCACUCGCUCCCCAGCAGCACACCAUGCCCGAGACGGGAGCGGCAGCUGACCCUGCAGCCGCAGGCAGCAACGCGGACGCCGAGACCCGACACAGGCAUCGAUCGCAAGCGGAGGGAGAGAGCGCAGACUCGGCUGCGGGUACCCAGUCAGCCUCCGUCGGAGUCCUGGAUAAGCUUUUUGGAAAGAGGUUGCUGCAGGCUGGACGCUACAUGAUGUCCCACAAAUCCUGGAUGAAGACAGUGCCUACGGAGAACUGUGACGUGCUGAUGACAUUUGCAGAAUCCACAGACGACCACACGUUGCUGUGGUUACUGAACCACAUUCGGCUGGGAAUCCCAGAGCUGAUCAUCCAGAUCCGGCACCACAAACACACCCGAGUCCACGCCUUCUUCGUCACGGCGACCUACGAGAACCUGCUGCGGGGGGCGGAGGAGGUGGGGCUGCGCAAAUCUGUCAAACCCGAGUUUGGAGGCGGGACUCGCAACUUCUCCUGCGAGGAGGACUACAUCUACGAGAACAUUGAGAAUGAGAUCUGCUUCUUCAGCUCGCAGGAGAGGCAGAGCAUCAUCCGCUACUGGCUAGAGAACCUGCGGGCGAAACAGGGCGAGUCGCUACACAAUAUCCACUUCCUGGAAGGGCAGCCAAUCCUACCAGAGCUGGCCGCUAGGGGCGUCAUCCAGCAGCUCUUCCCACUCCACGAACAGAGGAUUCUAAGCCAGCUCAUGAAGUCCUGGGUGCAAGCUGUGUGUGAGAAACAGCCGCUAGAUGAUAUCUGUGAUUAUUUCGGUGUGAAGAUCGCCAUGUACUUUGCCUGGCUGGGCUUCUACACCACCUCCAUGCUCUACCCGGCCAUCAUCGGCUUCGUUCUGUGGAUGCUGACCGAGUCUGACCAGACGAGCAGGGAUAUCUGCUGCGUGGUCUUCGCUCUCUUCAACAUGGUCUGGGCCACUCUCUUCCUGGAGCGAUGGAAGCGCCGGGGGGCGGAGCUUGCCUAUAAGUGGGGGACGCUGGACAUGCCCGCUGAGAGCCUGGAAGAGCCACGCCCACAGUUCUGGGGAGUGAAACGGCUGAGCCCAAUCACUGGCUGUGAGGAGUUCUACUACCCCCCCUGGAAGAGAAUGCUGUUCCAAUACCUUGUCAGCCUCCCUGUGUGCCUCUUCUGUCUGUGCUUCGUCUUCCUGGCCAUGCUCGUCUGCUUCGAGCUGCAGGAGUUUGUGAUGGGGAUCAAGGAGCUUCCUCGAGUGACCAGGUUCAUCCCCAAAAUCAUGCUGGCCAUCACUGUGACAGCCUGUGACGACGUCUACAGGAAGAUUGCCUGCUGGCUCAAUGACAAGGAAAACUACAGACUCCAGAGUACCUUUGAGAAAAAUCUCAUCAUCAAAAUUGUUCUAUUUCAGUUCGUCAAUUCUUAUCUCAGCCUUUUCUACAUCGGGUUCUAUCUCAAAGACAUGGAGCGUCUGAAAGAGAUGCUGGCCACCCUGCUGAUAAUCCGCCAGUUCCUGCAGAAUGUCAAGGAGGUGCUGCAGCCCUACCUGUAUGAGAGGCACAAGCUGGGGGAGCUGACCCCGAGGGUGCUCUGGGAUCUCCUCCUCUCCUCGGUGCUUAAAUACGGGCGCCUGGCUGCGGGAAAGGCCCAGGCUUCGCCCUCGGAGCAGGCCUCUCAAGACCCAGGGAGCGGGGAGAAGAAGUGUCUGAACGGGGGGUGCGGGGUCCCCGACGAGGAGGAGGAGGAGGGGGAGCAGGAGAGGCAGAGCGAAGAUGAGAACGAGGUGGAGAGCCUCAUGGACUGCGGCCUCAAGCUGAGGAAGGUGAGUUUCAUCGAGAAGGCGGAGCGGAAGGGGGUCGCCAUGGCGAUGCAGCUGGAGGACAGCUUCCUGGAGGAGGGCAGCCCCACCAUGGUGGAGAAGGGCAUGGACCCAGCCUCGGUAUUCGAGCUCUGCGAUGACAUCGACAACGGCUACCUCGAAACCAAGGAGGCCCCCGGAGAGGUGCUUUCGGACCCGCUGGCUCCUGGAGGGGAGGCGCCCAUCUCGCUGCGGCAAAGGAAGAGGGGCCACUCUGCAGAGAGGGAGAGGGAGAGGGAGAGGGAGGAGUCCAAAACCAAGAGAGAGUCCUGGAUCGACCCCCCAGAAGAUACCUUCUCCUCCCAGCUCACACAGGCGGAGGUUGAGAGCUGUAUGAAGAAAUACGAGGACACCUUCCAGGAUUACCAGGAGAUGUUCAUCCAGUUUGGAUACGUGGUGCUCUUCUCGUCGGCGUUCCCGCUGGCCGCCAUGUGCGCGCUCAUCAACAACAUCAUUGAGAUCCGCAGUGACGCCUUCAAGCUGUGCACCGGGCUGCAGAGGCCCUUCGGCCAGCGAGUCGAGAGCAUCGGCCAGUGGCAGAACGUGAUGGAGGCCAUGGGCUUUGUUGCCAUUAUUGUAAACUGCUACCUGAUUAGUCAGUGUGGGCAGCUGCAGCGCCUGUUCCCCUGGCUCAGCCCGGAGAUGGCCAUCAUUUCCAUUGUCAUCCUGGAGCACUUUGCUGUCCUGCUGAAGUACAUCAUUCACGUUGCAAUCCCAGACAUCCCUUCCUGGGUGGCUGAUGAAAUGGCGAAGCUGGAGUAUCAACGCAGGGAAGCCUUCAAGAAGCACGAGCGGCAGGCUCAGCAGCACUUCCAGCAGCAGCAGCGCAGGAAGAGGGAGGAGGAGGAGAGGCAGAGGCAGGCGGAGCACCACGCCAGGCGGGAGAGGGACAAGGACGAGGGCCGGGGGACAGACCCCUCGGCGGGGGAGCACCAUCACGACAAGGGCCACAAGCCCCGCUCCGGAGGGGGCUCCGACAAGCCCAAGAGGCCCAGCUCCUUGCUGGCCACCAACAACGUGAUGAAGCUGAAGCAGAUCAUCCCCCUGCAGAGCAAGUUCAACUCGGGCACGGCCCGGUCGCCACAGUCCCCCACGGGCAGCAGCGAGCCCAAACUCCCCGGCUUCCUCAGCUUCAAGUUCCUCAAGUCUCCUGAGAACAAGAAGGAGGCAGCAGCAGCAGCAACAGCAGCCACUAGCAACGAGAGAAGCCAUUCCCCGACCAAGUCCUUCAAUCCGGGGAAACUCUUCAACUUCGGGAAAUCUGAAGGGGGCCCCUGUGCCAACGGGGCCCAGGCCAGACCCGGGGGGGACGGCCCGCCAGAAAAACUGCCCACCAAAUCGGACCUGAAUGGGGCGCCGGAGGAAAUGCCCUCCGCGGAGUCCGAACCCCCCCACACUGUUGAACCAGAGCCUCCGAGCUCCAAAAACUAAAUGCAAAAAGAACGGCGUUCUAACUUUUAAAAUAAAAAUCUAAAGGGAAAGAAACGGAAGAGGAAUCCUAGUUGAUCACGCUGCUGCUGAGCCUCCUUUUCUGUUCCAGUUCUGUUCGGGAGAGUCGAUUGGGACCGUCGUUGGGGGGUCAGUCUGGGUUGAGGCUAGAGGAGGAGAGCUGUGUGUCCGGCCGUUCUGCGUGGACACAGAUGGACGUGAGGAAACGGAAAGAUGAUGAAUCCCCACCUCCUCUCCCCCCUUCUCCCCUCCUUCAUCGCAAUAGUUGUGGGAAUGCGGAAGCUGUGAUUCUCAGAUGGUUUCCAAGCCUUUUUAAAAGAAAGAGAAGUGCGUUGUUUUUUGAUUUAGUUAUUAUUAUUCCAUAGUGCUGCGAAGGUGCUACGGAUCAGGUUUGAAAACAUUGACGUCAAACCAAAGACUGUCUCCAAUAGGUCGUUUGUUACUAGAAAAUGAUGUAUUUUAUAAAAUACGUUCCCAUUUCUGAUUUUAUUAAACACUCUUACAGGUGUUAAAACUAAAGAAAGCAGUUUUUUUUUUUUUUUUUUUUUAUCCAAUUACAAACUGCUGUUCAAAUCUCCAAAGAUGGUCUGCUCAAUGUGUCUGAAAGGUGCUUGAGAAAAAAAAACAUUGUUUCGAAAAGGUAAGUGUCUGAACAAAUAACAAGCCACUGCCAGCACAGUGCUAGUCCGAGAAGUGCUGAUAAAGACACCUGUGCAUCUAAGCAUCUUUAAAUACAACAUUAUAUCAAAGGAGAUCAUGUGCUAUACAGAAGAAUAAAGGGAAAUGCAUGCAGUAGGAUAGACUCAAUACCAGGAUGCCUGAAGGGUUCAAUAGAAAGGAAGAGUAGCUCCCGUUUGUUUUCAAACACACUUUCCUGCGACAAAAGUUGACGCUUUUGAGCAAAGACUGUAAUAUAAAUACAUAUGUAUAUAUUGCUACAAUGGCCCUUCCAGCAGUUUGACUGUGUAUAUUUAUAAAUUUCCGAUUCAGAACACAAGAUGGCAACAUUUUCAAUGGAAUUGACGGGUUUGUAAUGACAGUGCACCUUUUACAGGGUCUGGAAUCAGGCAGAGCAUGUUGGGAGCAGUCCUGGUUUACAUUGAGUUCUGUUAAUACAUGUAGCUAAACUGGGAUUACUGGCCAUUCCAGUGUGAAUCAAUUCAAUACCAGUUACCGAGCACCCUGUCAAACCUGUAACCUGUGUGAGGAAGGAGGUGGUGUGAUUUUUUUAUUUGGUGUGCAAAGGCUAGGGUUGCAUUACCAUGCAUGGCUCGAAACGUCUGCACCAGAUCUCCCUGUUCCUUGCUGGGUGAGAGGACCCUGAGGCAGAGACUGUGCAGGCAAAGGGAAGGGAGACGCCAGCCCGCCUCGUACCCCACACAACAGCAGGAUUGCAUUAAUUACUGUACGAGAUUUUAGAAACGACUGUCAUUAGAGUCUCUCUGUUUGUACAUCUUAGUGUUGGUCUUAUUGAUUGAUUGAUAUGCACAUUUUAUUUUUUUAUUAUUUUUGGAGUUACUUUUCUUUCUGUUGUUAUUGUGUUGAAUGUUCUUUAGAUAAAUGAUUUGCCAAAGCAACACUGAAACCAGGAAUCUGGUAGGGUUCAUACUACAAACAGCCAUAUCUCUCUAAAGCAGAUAGGGAACCGGUAUCUAGAGCAGUUCCACUUCUGGGCAACAGGUGGUGCCAUUACCCAACUUAAAAAUGUUACAAAACGAUUCCGAUAGGAGAUGUUCAACCACAAUACCAUUGGUUUUUGUUUCCACAUCCCUUGGGAGGGAAAAUGGUGAACAUGAUCUAUGGAAUUUGGGUCUAAAACUGUUGUGGCUGAUGGUAUUAAAAAGAUCAUGAUGUAUGCUAUUUUCUUUUAAUGAAAACAGUACUAAAUGCGUGGCAGUAAAAAAUAUAUACAAAAAAUAAACUAAAUUAAAAAUCCUCACAUAUAACCAACCCAUCAUCUAAUCAGUCUGGCAUUAAUGCAAACUCACAUAUUGUCACUCAAUUUGAACACACUCAUGCAACACAGACGGUUCAACCACGGACUACAGCAACAACAACAAAACCAUAGCUGCAAACGUCAAGCCAAUGGAAUUCUGGGAAAGGAAUUCCGUGAACUGGAUUCUACCGCCCAAGCAAUAUUCCUGUAUAAAAUCUUUCAUUCACAAAAGCUGAGGACCGCACAUAUUUCCUUACGCCUGGUUAGGAGAAAAAUAUGUAUUUACAAUGUGAUGACUUGAUUGUGUUUUAUUUUGUUCUGCGGGACUGUAUGUUUCUCUGGGUUGUACUGGCAAGCUUACUUAUCUUGAUAAUCCAAAAAGAAGGUUCCACUGUUACUGGAGAAACACCGAGGGUCUGUUUCACACUGAGCAACUGAGACUGAAGUACUCCUAGUUCAGUAAUAAUAAAGGCGCAGGGAGUAAGCGUUAAAACCAAGAAAGGCUUCUUUGACCUUUAUAUUGACUCCCUUGUCGUUGUUAUUGCAACGCCCAAACUUUCUUUGAUGAUAAAAAAAAAAAAAAGCAUAGCUCAGCCCUCAACUCCAUGUUGGUCCGCAGGUAUAUGUGUCCCCUCUCCGUGUUGCUGUCACUGGAAAGCAAGAGGGGGAUUGUUAUAGGUGCAGACCAACACAGAGAAGGCUGCUUUACUAGGGUGGUACUUUCAGUUAAACUGCCGGGGGCCGAGGCAGCAAAAUGGCACAGAAGCUGAUACAAGUUAAAGUAAAUGGAUUUUUAUCAGUUAUGGAACCCAUAGACUAUGUUUUAUUUAUUUAUUUUUUGCUUUGAAGGCUUAAGAAAACACAUACAGUACAGAUAGAUAGCCAUCAGGGGGUGAAUUUGUAUCUUAAGCAGCAAUAUUGUAGUCUGGCAGCAUCACUGUACUGCCCAAACUGAGCCUCUGGCUGUCAGGCGUGGAACCAGGGAAAGACAUUGAGUUUGUAGGCUGGCAAAGUUUGUAUGAUGAAUGCAUGGUGGAACGGGCGGAUCGCAGAUGGACGUGCUGAGAGUCUGAUAGAGGAAAUCGGGUUUGAGAUAAAAGGGCAACACUUUUAACUGAUGAGUUACUGAAAGUGUUUUUUUCUGAAUGAGAAAUCCAGUGUGGCAUUCGUGAAACUGUUCCAGAACGCUGUCGGAUUCUUUGACAGCAGUCAAGGUGACUGAUUGGUUUAUUUGUGAACAACAAAUCACAUGCCUUUUUUAAAAAAAAAAAAAAAAAACCAUUACAAACGCUGUGAGAUCGCAGGCAUGUGGAUUGAUAGUUGUGUGCUGUCUAUAAUGAAAGGGGGGGUGGAGGGGGUAGGGGCAGUCACAGGUGAAAGACUAGCGCCUGCAGGCCAGAUUUAAUAAAAUGUUUCUGUUUGAGGUCUUCAUGAAAUACAUUGUGUGCUUUUCCAAGUAACUACUGUACAAAGAUAAUUUUACGGGGCUCUUUUAAGGGGGAUAAAAAAAAGGGAUUAUUUAUUUAUUUUAAUUUAUUUUGUCAUAUUUUUGUAAGAUCUGCAAACUAAAAUAAAACAAUACAAAUGAAAUGAUGGCAUUUUGGAGUUUUUAUUCAACCCUGGAACACACACAUUACUGUGGGUGUAUGUGUGUGUGUGUAUAUAUAUAUAUAUAUAUACACACACAAUGAAAAUAAAAAAACAAAACACUUUUGCAUAUCAUGUUUUGUCCAGAUGUCCAGAUCAGUACAAUAAAAAAACUAAAACAAAACAAAAUAACAACUAGAGUAGCAUCAGACCCACACAUCUCUCAAUACUCCACGAUAUAUACAAAGUGGUAGCCAAUGUGAGGACCAGCACGGCGAUUGAUGGUCCUCAGGGAAGGGAAUGGAGAUAACAUAGAGUUUCUCCUCACUCCAGAUCUCGCCUGAAUUCCCCAAUGCAAACGGUUGCCAACUAUCACUUUUCUGAAGCUUUGCCCCUCAUCAACGUUAAGGAGAAUGCCGCGAUCAUCUAUCAGCUCGUAACAAAGCCCCCUGAUUGCCCUUUGUCUCGGGACUCCAUUAUUUAAUUAGCACAAGAAAUCUUUGAAACCAGAAGAAUAACUUUAAACACUCGAUCACAAACUCUUUUAAAAGUAGACGGGCUGAGGAUUUCUGUUAACAUGUUUUUGAAAUGUAUCAGUAACUAGAACACGUUGGUUUGUGUUUGUUGCACUUCGUGUGCAGAGGUUAAUGGAGAUGCAAAAUCAUAACAAAUCUACCAGAUUUCCUUUGUUUAGAAAAGGGUAUUCUAGGAGGCACUAGAAAUGUUUUAUAUUUCUUUGUUUAGCAGUUUUUUUUAUUUUUUUUUAAUGUUAGUCAAAUUGACAGCUCUGUGCAAGUAGCUUCACUCACUCAGAGAAACUGCUGUAAAAGUUUGCUGUUUUCUCCAGCUCCUCCCUAUGGACAAGACCCCCUUGUUAAACUCCGGGCACAAACAGCACUCAUAGGAGAAAUAUAUAUAUAUAUAUUUAUUUCCUUGGAAGGAUCGAUCAUCUGGCUGCAGACAUGUACGGAAAAUAGACUCUAAAAGACACUGUAUAUGUAAACAAGACCCGAGUUGCACUAGCCUCUAUCAGCAAGCACAGACGCUACACAGUGCAGUUCAGAUCAAUCAUUUAAGAACAACAGACAGCUAUCUGAACCCUGCAAACUCACCCAAUGACAAAACCAUUUUUAUUUAUUUGUAUGUACACACACGACAUCAGCAACCACGUCACAAAUCAAUCUGUUUAAGGGGAGUUCAGGUUUUGCAGUUACAGUUUGUCUCAUAGUGCAGAAAAGACAUGACGGUUUGAAAGUUACCCAAUGAUACAGCAGGGAAAGCACUUUGGGUACGGGGGGGGGGGCAGCUGGUUGACUAAACUUUCUCGAAGGUUACUUUUUUAUUCUGUUUUUGUUUUGCUCAGUUAAGGAAAUGUUACACAGUGCCGACACUGAGAAAGACUUACUAGUGAAAACGCUUUUAGUGUUGCUACAAACAAUCCCGCUGAAUGCUUUAUAGUUACCG